CUGCGUGGUGUGCAGAGCUGUGGACUUGUGGCAUUUUGUGUGCUGGUUCAGCGUUGGCAUCUGUUGCCAGUUCUAGUCUGACCUACAUUUUAAGCUGGGCUGCGGGAUGGGGCUCAAGAACAGCUGUUUUGAUGGGGCCUGUGAGCCUCAUAUUCAGGGAUACGGAAAAAAGAAAAGGGCAGCUCGGAGUACUGGUGGAAGCCCACCUCUCAGCCCUGCCUGGUUAAGACUGCUUGCCUCGUGCUUAAAUUGGGGUUUAGAGCUGUGAUAAGUAAUAUGUUGGAGCCCGGGUCUUUCCAAGAUUCUCAGAGACUCGGAGAGAGAGAAGAAGGCAGGAGCUGGCAGGGGCCUGUGUGGUUAGUUCUGUGUCUGGCCCAUGUGCGCUGGAAGGUUCUGGUUUUGGUUUGGUCUGUGAGAAAAGAGAAGCCUGGGAGCAUUCCUGGGGGCUUCACAAAACAGCGGUUACAGCCACGCUGCUCCAGUACAUCCAAGCUGCAGACAGAAGGAGCGAAGUCUGCAAAAUAACCAUUGAAAUAUUGUCGCGUCCUUCUACAUUCAAACUCUUCUUUUAUAAAAAUUCAGGUUAUGUAACAAAUACUAAUAGAUAUUGCUAAUCAGUAACACAAAACCAGAACUUUUGUUCUGAAAAUAUUGGAUCUUUCUAGAUUUGUUUUCCAGCUGAAGAGCAAACGGACAGAGCACCCUGGGAAAGGAAUUGGUUCAGAUCAAAUAAGUAUUCUUCCCUCUUCUUCUGUGUUUCUUGCUGCCUGAUAUGCUAAAAAUACUUUAAAUAGAAAGUUUCUUCUACACAGAGAGGGGGAUCCAUCCCUUCCUAAAAUUAUUGGGACAGAAUAUGUGGUUCUCUUGAAUACCCCCUCCUGCCUCCAUCUCUUCCCAUGGAGAAAAUUCAUAAAAAUCAGCCUGCGCCUCCGUGUGCUGCAUUGACUUUGAUCAAGCAAAUUUUCUGUCAGAAAAAAAUUCUCUGUCAGAACGUUGCUGUGUUAGUUAGGCAUGUAUCUGUGUGUGCAUAGAUGCAUAUUAGCUAGGUUUUCAAACUCUUAAGGGGAUUAAAGGCUCAAACUCAUUGCAAUUCAGGAGGUGUGAGACAUUUUGCUUCCUUGGAGAUACAGGCCCUGAGAGAUUUGGAUCCCCAGGGGAUGCAGCCUGGGGAACAGACAGCUAUUAACUUUGACAAGAGCUCUCCAUCACUUUUUCUACGAAAAUACUCUGCAGAAAACAUUGUGGUGUUGGUUCCUGAUUGAGGUGGCAGGUGGGGACAUUUAGGUGCUAUUUAUGUUUCCUUUUGGGCACCAUGCAGGUGUAUUUCUGUGAUUUUAUCAGUGGUUUAAUACUACUGUUGACAGUGGUGGGAUGGUUAAAUCUGUAACAGGGAUUAUAUCUAUAUCCGUCUUCUGUAUGUGUAUAACCUCCCACACAAUUUUCAGCUUCAGAUCUUGAUAUGAUGAAUUUAAAUGCACUAAAAAUACAUUUGUUUUUCUUCCGUGCCUGAUGCAGGUUCCCCUGAGUGAUACAGGCCACUGCUGAAGUCAUGUGUUAGUUCGACACGCAGCCUUUGCAAACACUGCUCUACAAGAAGAGUCACACAGAGUUGCACAAAAGGUCCGGUCUUGUAGGAAAUGGCUAGAAAAAGAUGAAGAUGACAAAGAACCUUCCCCUGGUUAAAAUUCCAUGUUCUGGCAGGUGGUAAUUUAGUGCCAUGCUGAGCCACGGUUUGCAUCUGUAUCAUUGCAUUUGCCAGUCACCGAUGAACCUAAUUUUCAUUAAUUUUUCUAAUCCAUUUUGGAGCCUUUUUAGACUUUUUCUUUUUUGUGCCUUUCUCUGGCAAGUUCUAUGAUGGAUGGUGAGGUUUGUUAGUGAUAAGGGAAAGAGUUUUACUUACACAGUUCUGGAAACCUUACAGUUGAUUUGUUCUGCAGGCAGAGGUGUCCUCCCAGCACCACUGUAGAUCCAGGGGAAUCUGAAGGUGCAGGAAUAUCCUGUCCGCAGUAUGGGAGCACCACGGCACUGCACAUGCAACUAAGACUUCUCUCCCAAGUCCUCCUCCAUCAUUCAUUCACCCGGCGGUUUCAGCAGCUGUUUCCCAAGGUUAUCAGAGCUCAAAUAAAGAGAAACUUGAAAAACAGGGACUAACUCAGAGAAUUGAAGUCAGAGUUCAGAAAGAAAACAACUUUCUACUUUGCCUUCACCCCAACUUGUGUGUUUGCACAGCCCGAAUACGGCAGAACCUGUGACAGUUGCGCUGAUUUCUCCAACUCUUGUCUCAGAAAUGAGUCCCACAGCUCACUGCAAAGUAAUUGGUCUAAUUAGGUGGUAGGAAGGAGCUUCUUUAAAUUCCUCAGAAAUUAAGACGUGUCAUCCGCUUAACAUCUUAGCAUCUGUUACUGCCUCUUGCACAUUUCUCCACUACGUCAGCCUGAAGGACACUUUCCUGGACCUUUCAGAGAGAAAAACAAAACAAAACAAAACAAACCCAGCCUUUGAAACAGAAGAAAUUGGCCCUUUCUUCAGUGGGAUGAAGCAUGUAAGGCGUUUCACCCCCUCCUUAUUUCUCAGUUUGGUGCACGUUUGCCUGGCUCAGGCAAAUUAUGCCCCCUAUUUCUUUGAUAAUGGAGCCAGAAGCACAAAUGGGAACAUGGCACUUCUCAGCCUUUCGGAAGACACACCUGUUGGUACCCAUGUGUACACUUUGAAUGGAACUGAUCCAGAAGGAGAUCCCGUGACAUACGGCCUGGCCUAUGAAGCUGGAUCAAGACGUUACUUUUCUGUUGACAAGAACCUUGGAAAUGUUACGUUGAUUGAGGAGCUUGACAGAGAGAAAGAAGAUGAAAUUGAAGUUAUUGUCAGUAUUUCAGAUGGCCUGAAUACAGUUUCUGAAAAAGUCAGGAUCCUUGUAAUGGAUGCUAAUGAUGAGAGCCCGGAAUUCGUCAACACACCUUACAUAGUCCAAGUCCCAGAGAAUGCUCCCUCUGGCAGCAGUAUCUUUAAGAUCGAGGCAGUGGACAAAGAUACAGGUUCCGGAGGAAGUAUCACCUACUUCUUGCAGAACAUCCAUGCUAAUAAGUUUACAAUAGACCGUCACAGCGGUGUCCUGCGCAUCAAAACAGGGGUCACCCUGGACUAUGAGAAAUCAAGAACACAUUUUGUCGUUGUUGUAGCCAAGGAUGGUGGUGGGAAGCUCAGGGGAGACAACAAAGUGUUUUCAGCCACCACAACAGUUACUGUCAACGUGGAGGAUGUUCAGGACACUCCUCCCAUGUUCAUCGGGACUCCCUACUAUGGAUAUGUCUAUGAGGACACACUUGCAGGCUCUGAGGUCCUCACUGUUGUUGCUCUUGAUGGAGACAGAGGAAAGCCUAACAGUAUUCAUUACUGCAUCGUGAACGGCAGUGAAGGUUCAUUUGAAAUCAACAACACAACUGGAGCCAUUUCUGUUAUAAAGAGCCCAAAUCAGCUCAAGAAAGAAGUGUACGAACUAAAAGUUCAGGCAUCGGAAGUCAGUCAGGAAGGGGACAUCUCAGUUUAUGCUUUUGCAAUGGUGACUAUACGGGUCGUUGACCUCAACAACCACCCACCAACAUUCUAUGGAGAAAAUGGUCCCCAGAACAGAUUUGAACUAACCAUGUACGAGCAUCCUCCAGAGGGUGAAAUCUUGAGGGGAUUGAAGAUUACAGUCAAUGAUUCAGAUCAGGGAGCCAAUGCUAAAUUCAACCUCCGUCUUGUUGGACCUGGUGGCAUCUUCCGGGUGGUUCCCCAAACUGUGCUGAAUGAGGCUCAGGUUACAAUAAUAGUGGAAAAUUCUGCUGCUAUUGACUAUGAAAAAUUCAAGGUCUUAACGUUCAAGCUUCUUGCGAUAGAGGUGAACACACCGGAGAAAUUCAGCUCAACAGCUGAUGUUGUGAUACGCUUGCUGGAUACCAAUGACAAUGUCCCAAAGUUCUCCUCUGACUACUAUAUUGCCAGGAUCCCCGAGAACUCUCCAGGGGGCUCAAAUGUAGUUGCUGUUACAGCUACAGAUCCAGAUUCAGGGCUCUGGGGAGAAAUCAAGUAUUCUAUCUAUGGAACAGGUGCAGAUCUGUUCCUAAUCCACCCAUCAACGGGUAUAAUUUACACCCAGCCCUGGGCUGUAUUAGAUGCUGAAGUGAACUCAAAGUAUAAUUUCUAUGUGAAGGCAGAGGACACAGAUGGGAAAUACAGCUUGGCUGAAGUGUUUAUCACCGUGCUAGAUGUCAAUGACCACUCUCCAGAGUUCAAUGAAAACAUCCAGGAAAAGACGAUGAUCAUCGGGUCACCAGUGAAGAUAGAGGCUAUAGAUCAAGAUGCAGAAGAACCCAACAACAUUGUGGAUUAUUCCAUCAUGCAAGCAGAUCCAGCCAAUGUGUUUGAUAUAGACCAAAGCACUGGGGAGAUCAAGCUGAAAUCCUAUAUCCGUUCUCUGGACAUCAUCCACAACAUCACAAAGAACAAAGACUGCAUAUGGUCAGUGGUGGUUCAGGCCAAAGAUCGAGGCUCCCCAUCCUUCAGUACCACAGCAGUUCUGAAGAUUGAUAUCACAGAGGAGAUCAAGUCCAGGGUAAAAUCCUAUAUUUUAGGCCUCAGGAAACGUCCAUGGACAAUAUUUGGAAUUUGCAUGAGUGGCGUCCUUUCCACCAUUUCUGUAACAAUGGUGAUCUCCACCAUCAUGUACUGGAAAAGUGUGAAAAGAUCCAGGCUCCACCCGCAGGGCAAAAUCCGCAAAAUUAUACGGGGACCUCGGAGACGCACAGUGUGCUAAUCUGCAAAGUGAACUGGCCAUUCAUUUGUCCUUAAUAUGCCAUACGUAGCUCAUGGUAUUGCUUAUUUCUUUUAUUUCUGAAAACAAAGCUCUUUAGCUCUACUCAUGUUCCCUACCUCAAAGAGUUUUGUUAUGUCUGUAAAAGAGUACUUGAAAACAGAACGCAGCACAUACCUGCUAACUACUCAUUCGUACACUGUAAUUCUAUAAAGUUAGGUUUUCUCAUAAUCUUUUUAAUGCCAUGCUCAGUAAUAAUCCUAUAAACUGCAUCACUGUAUUACCUGCAACUGUUUUUGAAAGAUCAUUUUCUACUCAUAAACUUCUGUCUGGGUUCAACACUAUUAUUCCUAGGAAAUUAACUCUGAGAUGUAGUAUAAAAAUACAGCUGCAGAUUCUGGAGCCAAUUAUUUUCUUGCUCAGUUCUUGCAAGUUAAACAAACACGAUGGUGAUAUGCAAGAAUCUGUCCUAAUUUGGCAGUAAUAAUCUGUAAGCUUUUGUGUUUGGCAGUCAUCUCUCUCACAAUACUCUAAUGCUCACCCAGUCUCCUGCUCCAUCCAAAUUAUCCAAGCCUGGACUGGCUCUUUGACUCGUUUUUUUUAGAGACAGCUUUCAUUAGUCAGCCCUGCUUGUUACAUAUUUUGGACAAAUGAAAUUUCUGGGUCACUGUCUGUCCCAUAGAGUAAGUCAUGUGUUUUAUUUGUACUCUUUUACAGACUCUUCACAAAGGGCCUAUGGCCGCCUUUUUGAUGCAAACUAAAGAUAAUCCCAUGAAAGCCUUAGGAGUGCUAGCUGGUGUCAUGGGCAUAAUGGUGCUGAUAACUAUCAUGAUCUCUACUGCCAUGUUCUGGCGCAAUAA